AUGUGUACAAUCGGUUACGGAGACAUCGCUCCGUUGACUCCAUGGACGAAGAUCUUUGCUGUUGUUUUCGUGCUUUUCGGAUUUGGGUUUUUGGAUAUUCUUCUCUCUGGUGUUGUCAAUUACGUUCUCGAUCUUCAAGAGAGCUUGCUUCUCACCGGAAUCCACCAAAUGGGUUCGAGACAUCAUCAUCAUCACCAUAGAUUCUCUGCGAAGGAUUAUAUAAUUGAUUUCGAGAAAGGGAGGAUGAGGAUAAGGAUGAAAGUUGGGUUAGCUUUAUGCGUCGUCGUUUUGUGCGUUGGAAUUGGUUCUUUGGUUUUGUAUUUCGUUGAGGAAUUGGGUUUUGUUGAUUCGGUUUAUCUGUCGGUUAUGUCGGUUACGACUGUUGGUUAUGGUGAUCGAGCUUUUAAGACGCUUCAAGGGAGGCUUUUCGCUGCUGUUUGGUUAUUAGUUUCGACUCUUGCCGUGGCUCGUGCGUUUUUGUAUUUGGCUGAAGCGAGGAUUGAUCGAAGGCAUCGGAGAGCUGUGAAAUCGGCUUUGGAUAGGAAAAUUACUGUCGAGGAUUUGCUUGCUGCUGAUACUUAUCAACAUGGUUUCAUUAGUAAAUCAGAGUAUAUUGUGUUGAAGCUAAAGGAAAUGGGGAAGAUUAGUGAUAAAGACAUUAAUCAAGUUGUGAAUCAGUUUGAUAAACUUGAUCCUAAUAAUUUGGGGAAAAUCACAUUACCUGAUCUUUUAGGUGGUCCUUUGUGA